CCUGUUGUGUAUGCGAUGGAGGGGCCGGGCUCUGGAAAUAGGUUUCAGAUGUGUUCGGAUCGUGCUCCCCACCACCCCAGUGUUUCUAUAGGAACAGAGCCGUGCGACAUCCCUCCUGGGCAUGCCCAGUGCGCGCCUCUCUCCGCUUGGGCUCAAGUAUCCUGUGCGCAGUCCGUCCGGGGCGGGAGGCACAUAUGGGACGACUAUGCAUGCGGUCCCCCACGAGCGGCACGGCUUUGUCUUUCGGAGGAAAAGAAGGAGGAGAAGGAAAACGCUGGAGAUUUCCUUCUGAAUGUUUUGAAAAGCUCGAGCCUUUCGAGAAUGCUGGCCUGCCUGGCCCGGGGAAGUUUACUGGACAUCCUGCACGAAGGCUUCACAGAACAACAACUACAGGCCUACGUGGUCUGGGUGAAUUCCCAGCUGAAGAAGAAACCAGCGGUGAAGCCGGUGCAGGACCUGCGGCUGGAUCUCCGCGAUGGCGUCGUCCUGGCUUCGCUCAUCGAGAUCGUGGCGGGAGAGAAGCUGGGCGGCAUACAGGUCAGUCCCACGAACCAGCAGGAGAUGAAGGAGAACGUGGAGAAAGUCCUGCAGUUCGUGGCGUCGAAAAAGAUCCGCAUGCACCAGACGUCGGCCAAAGACAUUGUCGACGGGAACCUGAAAUGCAUCAUGAGGCUGAUCCUUGCCUUAGCGGCUCAUUUUAAGCCCGGCUCCAGCAAGGCCGCCAACCAGGCUGCGUCGAGCGCCACGGGAAGGGGUUUCGUAGGGCCGGAGGCGCCGUGGUCCAAUCACCGUCCUUAUUCGGCCGCGGCGGUGGCUCAGGGGGCCGUGGCUGCCUUGGCUGACGUUCGGCAGGACGUCUCGCGCUCGGGACGCGACGCCUUCCGACACAAACGGAGGAACAACAGCCUGGACGAAGAAAUCGAGCAUCCGUACUGGAGCGUCCGAGCCCUGGUCCAGCAAUACGAGGGGCAGCAAAGCGUGCCUUCAGAAUCCCUCUCCUCCAGCCUCACGUCUCCCAGCCCCAUAAACAGCGCAAAGAGCGAGUCCAGCGUCACUCCGUCCGAGGAGAAGGCAGGCUACGAUGGGGUUCACGAAGAAGAUGACGAGGCCGACACCAGGACAGAUGAGACUGGGUCGUUCUUCCCCGUUGAGUGGCAGGCGAGGUGUCCUGCAGCCAGUUUGGAGACUUCGUGGGAGGAGCAGCUCCUGGAGCAGCAGGACCACCUGGAGAAGGAGAUGGAAGAAGCCAAGAAGAUGAUCUCCGGGCUGCAGGCCUUGCUGCUGAAUGGGUCGCUUCCUGAAGAUGAGCAAGAACGUCUCUUUGCCCUUUCCGAACAGGAGGGUUGUCCCGAAGAGCAGCUGGUUAUCGCCAGGAGCCGCUUGGACCAGAGCAUGAAGGAGAACCAGGAACUCAAGAAGGAGUUGCAGAGGCAGAAGCAGGAAGCGCGGAGCCUGCAAGGCGUCAAGGAGGGUUUGCAGCAACGCCUGGCCCAACAGGACUCGCUCAUUCUUCAGAUCAAGCAGGAGCUGCUGAGAGCAAACAUGGACAAGGAAGAGCUGCACAGCCAAAACGUCGAACUACAAAGGAAGGUGGAAGACAGGAACCGGCUCCUGGCAGAAUACAAGAAGGAGCUGGGCCAGAAGGACCGCCACCUCCACCAGCACCAGGCCAAGAUGGAGGAGAUGCUGCGCCAGUUGUCCGAGGCCAGCUAUCAACAGGCGGAGCUGGAACGAGAGUUGGAGCACAAGGAAGCCCUGCUGGCUCAGUGCGUGAAGAAAGAUGCAGAGGAGGUCAUCGCCUACAGCAACCACAGCUCUCAGAGCAAUGGCUUCCUCCAAACAUCAGGAAAAGCAGCAGCUUCCACGGCUCACAGAGGCACAAACGACCUCCAGCUGGUCCGCGAGGCCCUGCGCAGUUUGCGGAACAGCUUCAGCGGCCACGAUCCCCAGCACCACACCAUCGACAGCCUGGAGCAGGGCAUCUCCAGCCUGAUGGAGCGGCUUCACCGCAUGGAGAUGCAGAAGAGGCAGGAGAGGAGGGUCCGAGGGAAAUCCCCAGCCCCACAUGUCACCAACGAAUACCGGGACGCCUGGCCCUCCAACUCCAAGUUGCCGCAUUCGCACAGCACCCCGGCCAUGAGCAGCAGUGCCUGCACCAAAGUGCUCUACUUCACAGACCGCUCCCUCACGCCUUUCAUGGUCAACAUACCAAAGAGGUUGGGUGAGGUGACGCUGGGGGACUUCAAGGCAGCUAUUGACCGAGAAGGAACGCACCGGUACCAUUUCAAAGCCCUGGAUCCAGAGUUUGGCACGGUCAAAGAGGAGGUUUUCCACGACGACGACAUCAUUCCUGGCUGGGAGGGGAAGAUCGUGGCCUGGGUGGAAGAGGACCACGGGGAGAACUAAGCACACCCUCGGCCUCUCCCUUUAUCGCGAAACGCCAUCGCCGUGUGUUGUUGCACUUGUCCGGAAACCGACCCAAGAAGAACGUGAACGGAGACGCGUCUGACUCGUAACUGCCAAAAGAUACCGAACCGUUUGCAAAACUUGGACGGGUGUAAAGGUGUGCUGCGUGCGAGGAUGGCUGGCGUUCCCGUUUCGUGGCCAAAAGUUGUACGUUUCCAAAAAAAAAAAAGUGGGGAACAAAGCACCUCUCUGUGUGAAGUCCGUGUCGGCCUUAAUGAUGCGUUUCAAACUUCUCAGUCGUGCCGAUUCUCAUUGUGACCCAGAAGACUUUCGUUGGAGGCAUCUAGUAUUAGGAAGGACACUGAGAAGCUGUGGCCACGUUCUCUGCAUCUGCCUCUACUUCUUUGCAGCAGAAGCCCGUUCUAUUCUGUCUGCGUCCGGAAGCAAGAGGACUUCCUCUGGAGAAGUAUAAGCAAGAUGGACAUGGAUGAACUACUUAGGGAAUGGUUGCUUUUGCUUCUCUUGAAGGACGUCAAUGAUUUCGAUUUGCUAUUUUUUGGAAUUUGGGUGAGGAAGAGCCUUUGCCUUUUCCUCACAAACCAUUACCAUAUUUGUCCUUCUCUGGGUUGCAUCUACACUGUGGAACGAAUGCGGUUUGGCACCACUUUCACUGCCCCAGGCUGAGUGCUAUCCAAUCGUGGGAGUCGUAUUACUAUUUAGGUCAUAUGGCUUUUGUUUCUCUAUUCACCUCCUUACCUAGGAGGGGUACUUUUUUAAAAAGUUCAAUUCCUCUCAUUUCUUCACUUUUUCUGUUUGCGAAGCGACGUGUACACAAGCGUAGCAAGCAUAUAAAAUGUUUAAAUUUAUUUCUUUAUUACUGUAUCAGGUUUUUCAGGCUGAACUUCCACAUCUGUUCUUAGCUCAGGUGUCGGAAGCAAGAUUAGUUUUUCUUCCUGGCCUGAAUCUGUUAUGGACUUAAUCAUUCCUUGACAUGACUUGAUCAAUAUAGGACAACAACACAUUGUCAAUCCUAUAACAACCGUCAUCGUCAUUACAACUCCUAUUAACAGAUCUUUUAACCAUCCUAUAUUAGGAAGCCACAUGGUUAUCCAAUCAAAUGGGAAACUUACGUCAUGUAUAUUGUCCUGGAUUAAGGUUUGCAUUUUGUCCAAAUCAUCUGUUAUAUUUUGGUUGAGGGAUAUAUUUUUUUAGCCUUCCCUGCCAAAGAGUGUUGAUGCUCCCACCAAACUACAUCUCCCACUAUUUCCAUGGCAAUUAAAGUGGUGCCGAACCGAAUUAAAUUUGCAGUGUAGAUGCACGCCUUGUGUCACAGCCUGGUAUGUAUUGAUGCACCGGCGCUCUGUACGUCCCCUUCCAAACGUGAUUUCUAUCAUUUUGUAGAUGUAAUAAUCAUAUAGCCUUCUUUUUGGUAAAUUGUUCCUGUUUUGGGGGGAAUCGUUUUGUACCCGUCGAUGUCGUUGUCGUUGAAGGACGGUGUAUAUUUUUAUAAUACCAGUGUAAGUGCUUCUUUUUCCUGUAUAUUUCUGCAGCACGCACACAGUAUUGCAUUGUAUCCCUUUUUCUUCCUUCCUCUAGAGCAGGCAUGGGCCAAGUUGGGACCUCCUGCCAGGUGUUUUGGACUCCAACUCCCACCAUUCCUAACAGCCUCAGGCCCUUUCCUUUCCCCCUCAGCCGCUUAAGCAGCUAAGGGGGAAAAGGAAAGGGCCUGAGGUUGUCUUCUAGCUCCUAACACUGGCUUCUGCAAUCACAGACUCAAGCCUCAACUUCUUCUAGCUCCUAACACUGUCUUCUGCACUCAAACAGACUCAAGCCUUAACUGUCUUCUAGCUCCUAACACUGGCUUCUGCACUCACAGACUCAAGCUUCAAUUGUCUUCUAGCUCCUAACACUGGCUUCUGCACUCAGACUCAAGCCUCAACUGUCUUCUAACUCCUAACACUGACUUCUGCACUCAAACAGACUCAAGCCUCAACUGUCUUCUAGCUCCUAACACUGGCUUCUGUACUCUAACAGACUCAAGCCUCAACUGUCUUCUAGCUCCUAUCAUUGGCUUCUGCACUCAAACAGACUCAAGCCUCAACUGUCUUCUAGCUCCUAUCAUUGGCUUCUGCACUCAAACAGACUCAAGCCUCGACUGUCUUCUAGCUCCUAACACUGGCUUCUGUACUCUAACAGACUCAAGCCUCAACUGUCUUCUAGCUCCUAACACUGGCUUCUGUACUCUAACAGACUCAAGCCUCAACUGUCUUCUAGCUCCUAAUUGGCUUCUGCACUCAAACAGACUCAAGCCUCAACUGUCAUCCAACUUAAGGAGCUUAAGUGGUUGAGGGGGAAAAGGAAGGGGCCUGAGGCUGUGAGGAAUGGUGGGAGUUGGAGUCCAAAACAUUUGGAGAGCCCAACUUGGCCCAUGCCUGCUCUAGAGGAUGUUGGGAUGUUUCCCACUCUACAUUUUGAAUGCCACUCUCCGUGGCUCUUGUAACUAGUUUAUAUUUUAAGGUACGACGGGAUCUUUCCGAAAUGUUUUUAUAUAUUUCGCCGGCGAGUUCUCGUGUAGGCAUUUGAUGCGUGGUCGUUCCUAUAGAAAGAGCGGUAGUGCCUUUCUAACCUGUGUCCGCUGUUAGCGUUUGGAGCGCGGUCUUUGCAACAUUUCAGAAGACGGAGAGCGUAUUAAUAAGAGGGAGGAAAACGUGGUUCCUGUCCCUAAGAAGAAGAAGAAACGUACUUCCUUUCAUGGAAUUAACUGCCGGUUUCUCUGUUGCAUGAGUUUUUGUACGUUGCGAAAGACAGCAUGGAAUUGACUACGGAAAUGAAAGAAAUACUGUCUGGUGGUUCAAGGUGCUUUUAACAUGCAUUUCAAUUAAUUCUUCCUUUUCGUAAACACAAGGCAGGAUGGUGGUCGUUUCAGGAAAGCGCUGAGCAAUCCUGCACACUUUUUGCUGCUUUGAAUCCUAUGGAUUUUGAUGCGACCGCUCCCAAGAGUUUGCAGGACAUGCGCUCACGCCUUUUUAGUGUCACAAAGUUGAAGCACGUUAUAAUCGGUGGGUUGCUGUGAGUCUUUCGGGCUGUAUGGCCAUGUUCCAGAAGCAUUCUCUCCUGACAUUUCACCCACAACUCUGGCAGGCAUGCUCAGAGGUUGUGAGGUCUGUUGAAAACUAAGGGCCUGUUUGAAUAAUGUCCAGGAUAGGAUAAAGAUCUCUUAUAUGCUUGAACCAAGCGUGAAUGUUGGAAUUGGCCACCUUGAUUAGCAUCAAAUAACCUUGCAGCUUCAAAGCCUGGCUGCUUCUUGCCUGGUGGAAUCCUUUGUUGGGAGGUGCUAGCUGGCCCUGAUUGUUUCAAGCUGUAAUCUAUAUAUAUAAAAGGGUAAUGAAAUUUCGGCCUAGGACAAAACAACAAAACUACACAUUCCAGAAACACUAAACUUGGCAGCACAACCCCUCAUCCAUGCCUCUACGUUCAUACAACAAACAGCUCCAGCUACUCCAGAAAACAGCCAGGCUUUGAGACUGCAAGGCUAUUCACUGCUCUUCCACCUGGCCAACAAAGGAUUCCCAUAAGCCAAAGCAACACGUGGCCGGGCACAGCUAGUAUAAUAAUAACAACAACAACUUUAUUUUUGUAUGCCGCCACCAUCUCCCCGAAGGGACUCGGAAGUGGCUUACAUGGGGACAAGCCCAGUCAGUCACAUUUACAUCAUAAAAAUACAAUUAAAACACAAGUAUCAAGUAAAAACAGAUUAAACAUACCAUGGUAAAGAUAGCAUAACUAUAAAACACUAAAGGUAAUUAAGGCUAUUCAAUGCUAAUCAAGGUGGCCAAUGGCAACAUUCACACUUGCCUCCAACAGAAAAGAAUUCUUUCUCGCACCCUGGGCAUCAUUCCACAGAUAUAUAAACCCCACUUGCCUAGUUUCCAAAGAACCUUACAACCUAUAAGGAUGCCUGACAUAGAUGUGGGCAAAACGUCAGGAGAGAAUGCUUCUGGAACAUAGCCAGGGAGCUCGGAAAACUCACAGCAACCCAGUGACUCUGACCAUGAAAGCCUUCGACAAUACAUUAUAAUCCUUGCCUAAUUAAUAUCUUUGGUUUGCUUAUUGUAUCCCUACAGUAACACCAAAGAUAUGACCCUUACAGUGAAUUUUCAGCACUGGAGGAGCCAAGACUCCUGUUUUCAAUCCUAUAGAUGUGCAAAAGCUUUGUCUGUCCCAGGUUUAUCAAUCCUCUUCUUGUCGUUUUUGCAGAGUUAGGUCAACAUGGAUUAUUAAUGGGACCAACGGGCCAUAUGAAUUUUUAAUGAAGGAGUUUUCUCAUUCUUUCAUCUUUGCGGCCGAUUUGUUUUGCUUCCUUCUGCAAUUUCUGGGUCCGUGUCCUUGCUGAACAAACAUGACAAACGAUCUAUACCUUUUUGUUUUGCCUAGAAAUGUUGGGAUUUGUGAUCAUAAAAUGAGGAUUGACCGUCGGACAUACUUUUGAUCUGAGGACCAAGACUUUCAAGGAAAGGAACUUGUAAUAAAGAGUCUUCAAAACAA